UUUUUUUGUUCAGAGGACUGGUGGCCAGCUGCAGGGAGGCAGAGUGUGGAGAAGUGAAAAGAAAUAAAGAGCGGAGUCUUGUGCCGACCAAAGGAGUCAUUAGAAACAAGCAAGCACGGAAUAAUCUAAAAUACGGCCGUGUGUUAAGACAGGUUUGCUCCAUCGGAAGAAAGGAUGGCAAUGCAGAUGCGUGAGAUGGAAACUGGCAAAGUAAAGGUGGCAGAGUGGCAACAGACGAUGUAUGGUCUAGACUCAGGCAUCCAGUCUGGAGCCACCACAGUCAGAGAUGAUGACGGCGAUUUCACCAUAUCUAAGCAGUACACCAUGACCAGCACUGUGACAAUGCAGGAGCCUGACAUGGAUCCCCAAAGCGUUAUGACCAGAGCUCAGAGGGUGCGAGCUGCAAUGUUUCCAGAGACACUGGAGGGAGGCACCACCAUUCUGUCGACUCAGACAGACCCGUCCCAGAUGACUAACGUCCAGCGCCUGGCCGAGCCCUCUCAGAUGCUCAAGACCGCCAUCAUCCAUCUGAUCAACUACCAGGACGAUGCCGAGCUAGCCACACGUGCCGUGCCAGAGCUCACCAAACUGCUCAACGAUGAAGACCAGGUGGUAGUCAGCAAGGCUGCACAGAUUGUGAACCAGCUUACACGCAAGGAGGCAUCCCGCCGUGCACUGAUGCAGUCCCCUCAGAUGGUGGCGGCCGUGGUGCGAGCCAUGCAGAACACAAGCGACAUGGAGACGGCAAAAGCCACGGCCAGCAUCCUCCACAACCUGUCCCACCAGAGAGAGGGCCUGCUCUCUAUCUUCAAGUCAGGAGGAAUCCCUGCUCUAGUCCGCAUGCUCAGCUCCCCUGUGGAAUCUGUGCUCUUCUACGCCAUCACCACGCUUCACAACCUGCUGCUGCACCAGGAAGGAGCUAAGAUGGCCGUUCGUCUGGCAGAUGGACUGCAGAGAAUGGUUCCCCUGCUGAAGAAGAGUAACCCCAAGUUCCUGGCCAUCACCACAGACUGUCUGCAGCUGCUGUCAUACGGCAACCAGGAGAGCAAGCUGAUCAUCCUUGCCAACGGGGGCCCCGAAGGUCUCGUUCAUAUCAUGAGAAACUACAACUACGAGAAGUUGCUGUGGACCACAAGCCGUGUGCUCAAAGUCCUCUCUGUGUGCCCCAGCAACAAACCCGCCAUUGUAGAGGCUGGUGGCAUGCAGGCUCUAGGCAAACACAUUACUGGCUCUAGCCAGCGUCUGACGCAAAACUGCCUUUGGACUCUCAGGAACCUCUCUGAUGCUGCCACCAAACAGGAGGGUAUGGACAGCCUGCUGCAGCAGCUGGUUGGCCUGCUCAGUUCAGAUGACAUCAAUAUGCUCACCUGUGCGACCGGCGUCCUGUCUAACCUCACAUGCAACAAUGCCCAUAACAAAUCUCUGGUCACUCAGAGCAAUGGCGUUGAGGCUCUCAUCCAUGCCAUAUUGCGUGCCAGUGAGAAGGAGGAUGUGACUGAACCCGCCAUUUGCGCUCUACGCCACCUGACUUCACGCCACCAGCAGGCUGAGAUGGCACAGCAUGCAGUGAGGAAACAUUAUGGCAUCCCUCCCAUUGUCAAGCUGCUCAACCAACCCUACUACUGGCCUGUCAUCAAGGCUGCGGUUGGCCUGAUCCGUAACCUGGCCCUGUGCGACGAGAACCAGGCCCCUCUGAGGGAUGCAGGAGCAGUCCCCCGUCUGAUCAACCUGCUGCUCAAAGCCCACCAGGAUGCCCAGAAACAUGGCUCAUCCAACCAGCAGACAUACCAGGAUGGAGUGAGGAUGGAGGAGAUUGUGGAGGGCUGCACAGGAGCUUUGCACAUACUAGCCAGAGAUCCUGUUAACAGAGCAGAGAUCGCCAAUCUCCAGACCAUUCCUUUGUUUGUCCAGCUACUCUACUCUCCAGUGGACAACGUGAAGCGCGUGGCAGCAGGCGUCCUGUGCGAGCUGGCAGUGGACAAACCAUCAGCUGAGCUCAUCGACGCCGAGGGCGCUUCGGCUCCACUGAUGGAGCUGCUGCACUCCAACAACGAGGGCAUUGCUACUUACGCCGCAGCCGUCCUCUUCCGCAUCUCCGAGGAUAAGAACUCAGACUACAGGAAGCGAGUGUCUGUGGAGCUCACACACUCUCUGUUCAAAAACGAUCCCGCUGCCUGGGAGAUGGCCCACAACACAGUUGUCAUGGAGGGACCCUAUCCCGAUGAGCUAGAUGCUGGUUUCCAAGGAUACGGAUAUCCAGGUGACAUGCCCAUGGACAGCAUGGAUGGAACUAUGAUGCAUGACGAAUACGCAGCCAGUUUGCCCUACGAAAGACAACAGUACCCACCUGACCAUUAUUAAGGGGAAAGAAGCAGACGAGGAGAAGGCAGCAAAGAGCUGAUUUAGGAUGUAACGGGACACAGAAGAGUAGAACGUGGUCAUCACGAAAGGUCUUUUUCCUCUGCUCGCCACCUGAUGUAAUAUAUACAAUUAUUGCCGAGUAUGGGACUCAUAAUCUUAACAGGGCUCAACUUUGUUUUAUAGCAUAAUUUUGCAGAUUAUAAUUUUGACAUUGAUGCUUGUAGUUUGUUUUGUUUUUUUAAGAACCUUCUAAGAGUGAGUGCAUGAGUGUGCGUGGUUGUUUACGCUUUUGGGUGGGUAUUCUAUGCCAAAGAUAUUUUAUUUUGUGAUGAUAAUCGUAGCUUUUUCUUUUUUUAAGAAAAGAAAGAAAAAGAGAAUAAUAGUUGAAAACACUGCCAGAGGUGGCUCAGCGUGCACCAACUCACCAACUCCGCUUAACGCCUUUGUAAGACACAUUUCUGACUUUGCUGUAGUUUUGGCUCUAUAUACUGUCAGUUUUCUCACACCGUGGCCCAAGAGUCAGCGAAGAGGUGGUUAACGCUCCUUUCAUGUGUCACAAAAUUUAGUAGACGUGAGCAAAUGGGGAGAAGCGGAGAUACUCGAGCUAACACUGUACAGCUGCUCCCUUCUCUUCUGUAAUCAUCUGAUGCGUUUUAUUUGGACUGUAGUUGAUCAGUACGGUUGCUUUAUUUGUUUGUUUGUUUUCAAGAGUCAUCUUCAACUUUUAUAAGUUAUUUACUGGGAAAGUUUCACAUUAUGCACAAUUACCAGAAAAUAAGGAAAGAGAUGCCUUUGAUUUUAAAAUGAAUUUAGAGAGGAAAUCAUAUGUAGCCACUGAAAAAAAACCUCAUUUACAUACUUGUGCAACAGAUUUGUCCAACUCCGUAGUAAACACAUGAGAUAAUACAGCUGUGGUUGAAAGAAAAAAAAACUACUGACAGGGAAAUUUGUCUUUCUACUUAUUAAGAGUUUUUACUUAAAUUUUGUUUAAUAAAAAUAAAGGAUAUAUAUUCAAAAUGUU